CCCCCCCGGCUCGGUACCGCGGCCUCGCCGCUCGCCCCGGGCACCUUCUGGCUGACCCGCAUCGUGCUGCUGCGCUCCAUUGCCUUCCUGUACUCCGUGGCCUUCCUGGUGGCAUUCCAGCAGAACAAGCAGCUGAUAGGAGAGAAGGGGCUGCUCCCCUGCAAGCUCUACCUGCAGGAAAUCAAGAAACACUUCAAGGGGAAGGUUGGCCUGGAUGCCUUGAGCUAUGCCCCCACUCUCAUCUGGUUCCUGGACUGGUCUGCCAUGGACAGCACCUUGGAUUGCCUGGCCCUGGCUGGCCUGGCCGUGGCAGCCUUUGUGCUGCUGACUGGCUGUGCCAACAUGCUCCUCAUGGCCCUGCUGUGGCUCCUCUACCUGUCCCUGGUCAAUGUGGGACAGAUCUGGUAUUCCUUUGGAUGGGAAUCACAGCUCCUGGAGACAGGAUUCCUGGGAAUAUUCCUGUGCCCCCUGUGGAGCCUGUCCCGCCUGCCCCAGGGCUCUCCUCCUUCCAGAAUUGUCAUCUGGAGCUUCCGCUGGCUGAUUUUCAGGAUCAUGCUGGGAGCGGGGCUGAUUAAAAUCCGAGGAGAUCGCUGCUGGAGGGAGUUAACCUGCAUGGAUUAUCACUACGAGACGCAGCCGGUGCCCAACCCCAUCUCGUACUUCAUGCACCGCUCGCCCUGGUGGUUCCACCGCCUCGAGACCUUGGUCAACCACUUCGUGGAGCUGCUGGUGCCCUUCUUCCUGCUGCUGGGCAGGAGGAUGAGCAUCCUGCACGGGCUCCUGCAGAUCCUCUUCCAGGUGCUCCUGAUCAUCAGUGGGAACCUGAGUUUCCUGAACUGGCUGACCAUGGUGCCCAGCAUUGCCUGCUUUGAUGACGCCAGCCUGGGGCUCCUGUUCGGCGCAGGGCUCAGGGAACGCGCGGCGCGGCUGCGGCUCCCGGGGACACGGAGGGUUUCCCUGGGCUCCUGUGUCCGCAGAGUGCUGAACAUCUCCUUGGGCCUCCUCAUUGCCUACCUCAGCAUCCCGGUGAUCCUGAACCUGCUCAACUCCAGACAGGUCAUGAACACCUCCUUCAACCCCCUCAGGAUCGUCAACACCUACGGAGCCUUUGGCAGCAUCACCAAGGAGAGGACAGAGGUGAUCCUUCAGGGAACAUCCAGCCUGGAUCCCAACGAUCCCACAGCAGUCUGGGAGGAGUUUGAGUUCAAGUGCAAGCCUGGGGACUUGAGGAGGAGGCCGUGCCUCAUCUCCCCCUACCACUAUCGCCUCGACUGGCUCAUGUGGUUUGCUGCCUUCCAGACCUACGAGCAGAACGAAUGGAUCAUCCACCUGGCUGGGAAGCUGCUGGCCCAGGAAGAGGAGAUCAUGUCCCUGCUGGCCACAAACCCCUUUGCAGGCAGAGACCCUCCAAGGUGGAUCCGGGGGGAACACUUCAGGUACAAGUUCAGCCAGCCCUGGGGGAAGCACGCCAGCGAUGGGAAGUGGUGGAUCCGGAAAAGGAUCGGCCCCUAUUUCCCCCCUGUCAACCUGCAGGGCCUGAAGAGGUUCUUUGAGGACAGGAAUUGGCCUUAUCCCCUGAAGGACUGAGGGAAAAGGAUGGCCACGACAAGAGGGACCAGCUAAGAAGAGGGAGAACAAGCAGCUCCCUUCCAAAAAAUUUUGGAAUCUUCCAAAAGGAGAUUCCAAAAAUCUCCUGCCUCUCUACUUUUUCUCCAUAUCUUUGUUCACACCUAUUUUCCAAAAUAUUCCCAGCCAAUUUGCCCACUUGCUUUUUGAGCUGCUUUUUCUCACCUCACUGUUUGAUUUCUUUUGCCAUUCAGGAAUUCCUCUGGAAUUGGGAAAAAAGGCAAGCAAAUAACCGUGGUUGGUUUUGGGGAAGGUGUUGGUGUUGCCAAAAGCAGCUGAAUGGGGGUUUGAAACAAAAGCAGGGGAAAACAAACCAGGAGAGAUCUCUGGGGUUGUGUGGGCUCUGGAUGCAGACACAAGAAUGCCCUUUUCCAUGUUUUUUCCCCACCUUUUUGACCACAUGUAGCAAAUGGGCACCACUGGGAGCAUGUUCCUGGAAAGGGAUUAAAGCAAACAAUUCUUGAAU